GCGGUGUCUGCGCGCUCUCUGGUCCAGGACUCCACGGCUCCGCCAGCACUUGGGUCCAUGGGGAGCCGAGAGUGGGCAAGAACCGAGUGCUGGAGCCAGGAAAGCCCGGAGGCCCCGACAUGGAGAGACAGGUGAGGCUGCCUACGGGAGAGCCCUGCCGAGAAGGUUAUGUGCUGUCUCUGGUUUGCCCAAACUCCUCACAGGCAUGGUGUGAGAUCACAAAUGUGUCACAGCCACUGGCUUCUCCCAUUCUCUACACAAACAUGAAUUCCAGCAUAACCAACUUGAACAUUCCCGCCAAUGCAGAGAACAAAUACAGCCUCUAUGUGGGCUUGCUACUGGCCAUAAGCUCCAGUAUUUUCAUCGGCUCUAGCUUCAUAUUGAAAAAGAAGGGCCUUUUGCAACUCGCCACCAAGGGUAUUACUAGAGCAGGACAAGGAGGACAUUCUUAUCUCAAGGAAUGGCUUUGGUGGGCAGGACUACUGUCCAGUAAGUUCUUACUACAAGAAUUGAGCUCAUUUAUGAAAUUGGGAGCAGGAGAGGCUGCAAACUUUGCAGCUUAUGCAUUUGCGCCUGCCACCUUGGUCACUCCCCUAGGCGCCAUGAGUGUUCUCAUAAGUGCGAUCUUGUCUUCCUAUUUUUUAAACGAGCACUUGAACAUUCAUGGCAAAAUUGGCUGUGUAUUAUGUAUACUGGGGUCAACUGUGAUGGUUAUCCAUGCCCCGCAAGAAGAGGAAGUUACUUCUUUGCAUGAAAUGGAAAUAAAAUUGAGAGAUCCAGGAUUUAUUUCCUUUGUCGUGAUCAUAACUUUGAUCUCCUUGGUGCUGAUUUUGAUUGUGGCUCCCAGGAAAGGACAGACCAAUAUACUGGUCUACAUUUCCAUCUGUUCUUUGAUUGGAGCAUUUUCAGUGUCUUCUGUCAAGGGCCUGGGAAUCGCCGUUAAGGAGCUCCUAGAAUGGAAGCCAGUCUACAAGAAUCCCAUGGUCUUCGUGUUGCUGGCAGUGCUUGUGCUUUCAGUAACUACACAAAUUAACUAUCUCAACAAAGCACUGGACACUUUUAACACAUCUCUUGUGACUCCCAUUUACUAUGUGUUUUUCACCUCCACGGUAGUGACAUGUUCUGCCAUCUUGUUCCAGGAAUGGUAUGGCAUGAAAGCGGGAGAUAUCAUUGGGACCUUGAGCGGUUUCCUCACCAUCAUCAAUGGCAUCUUCCUUCUCCAUGCAUUUAAAAAUACUGACAUUACCUGGAAGGAGCUUACAUCCACUACCAAGAAAAGCAUGGUUUCUCCAAAUGGCAAUGAGGAUAAUUAUGUUUUAUUAGAGAACAUAGACUGUCCAACCACAGGAUAUGAUGAUGACAUUACCUUAUUUAGCAGGACAGAUGAGCAAAAUCCAUAUAAAUCCUGAAUUUUAACCAAUCAGAUACUUGUGGAGAAGAAGACAGACUCAUUUUUAGAAGGACUACUGGGAAAGCUAGUGUGCUUACCAUGUUUGUAAAUACUUCACAUGUGAGGCUGAAGAAAGAAGCUUUCAUUUGACCCUUCAAUUUGAUAUUCCUCCAAAAGACUUCUGCAUU